GGGUUUCCCGCCAAAACAAACGGCUCCUUUAGGAGCCACCAAAUGAUACAAAAGUCAAUGACCACUGAAUAGAGUUUGUCAUCAAAAGAUCUCAACCUAGUAAAAACUUAACUAACCCCUCUAUAAUAUUCUAGCUUCCCGUGUCAUGUUUAAAUGCAACACUCCGAAACUGAUAGCAAAUCGAAAAUUCAUCGACUAUCGUAACAAAGGAAUUAAAAAGUACGACAGAGGUCAAUGGUUGCAACGGCACUGAUACAUUUUCUUGAAAAGUUAGAAAUAAACAGACGAAAUACAACAAAUUCUGAUUUUAUUUUGAAUUGAUGCUAAUAUUCGUGAAAUAUAUGGCCGCGCAUUUUCCAACCUUCACUGAUUUCGAGACAAAACCCAAGUAACCUCGAAUUACCAUUCCACAUUAGUAGCAUAUGCCAUUUAUCUGUCUUCUGAAAUAACUUCGCCGUAUAUCAGCGUAUGAUUGUGCUUAUGUUAGCACAGUAUGUUGAUUUCACUCAAUUUGGUUGAUUUCACUCAACCUUGUUCAUUUCUUGAACAUUUCUUGAGGAAGCCAUCAAAAACCAAACAAAGCGCGCUUUUCUGACCAAUCAGCUUGCUGCUAUUUUUAAUUGAUUGCAUAACCAGUUGUAAACUAAAAUCCGCCAUCUUGAGUUUUGGCGCCGGUGUUUUGCAAACAUUUCAACCGAAUUUGCCACAGAACCGAUCUCAAGCCGUAUCAUGGGUGUCUUAAACAUUCAGGAGCAUUUGCGACAUCGUCGUAACAGAGAUAUGGUAGAAAAUCAUGACAUUGACAAUGUUUGGGAGGAGGAAGUUUUUGAGCCUGCCAACGUUCAACCUCCACAACAAGAACGUAAUCAGAGAAGGCAUACUCGUAAUCGAUCACAAAAGAGCAAAAUACAAUAUUACAACAGCAGGAAUUCUGGAAGAAAGGCCAAAACUGGAAGCAGACCGAUGAGGAGGCAUGAGAAUAUGUGCUUUCUGUUGAGUUUGGUUGACCAUGAGGAGAUUGGAGAACUCGAUUUCUCUGAUAUAGUCAGCAACAAGAAGUCCAUGUUUGCAACACUUUUAACAAAUGAGGAAAACAUGAAGAUCUGGAAUGAGUUUGUGAGCCUUUCUGAAGAAGAGCAAGAAGUCAUCAUUACAUGCAAGACAAAAACAACAGCACCUGAUAAGGACACUAACUGGGGAAAUACAAAUGAAGACAGGAACAUUCCCACAGAGCAAGAUGCUGUAGCAAUUGCAGAGAAGUCUUUUAACAGAAUUGAAGACCGAAUAAGAGGAACCCUCAAGAAAAAACGUUUUCCAAUGGGUGGGCUUAAACACCAUGAAGAGGAGGUGAUCUCAUAUUUUUCUGAUGACCCCAGUGCAAUCAUGAUCUCAACUGUACCCUCCAGUUUUGACCGGUUGUUGGUGCAUGGAGUGUGUCAGUUCCUGGACCUGAAAUCGACAAGUGUGAACCGCAAUGGAGAUGGUAUCAUGGAGAUUGAAAAUAAUCAGGAGACAUUUUGUGUUCCCUCGCUCCUACUCUCCCAAUAUUUAGAACAGCACAGAUAGCAUCACUUAAAAAAAUAUACAUUGUAUCUGAUGAGAUCUUAAUAAUCUUAGUAAUCUUAUAGAAAUUUCAUUUUUGUAGAAUGCAGACUGGAGUUGCUCCUGGACAUCACAAGAUGUUCCAAUAGUAUUUGUAUUACAUUAAUACUCUUACAUUGACGAUGUGACCAAAGUGAAAAAGGAAGAUAGACAAAUCAGUCACUUAUCAAUUCCUUGCUGUUGUAAACAGUAUUUACAACUGUAGUAGUCAUGAAACAUUUUCUUCACAAGUGAAAUAUGGGAUAUGAUAAACUCAACAUGAGAAAAAUACAGUUUAACAGGAUCAUAAAAUGUUGUAGUGUGAUACAAUGCUAUGCUAUUAAAAGAACAAGGUAGAAGUU